ACGAGGGCACAACGCUCGCAACGGCGGAUCGCUGCAGGGGCGUCUUCUUGUUUGGUGAUGAUUAAGGUACACUGUGCAGGGAUGCGCAGCUGAUGAUGAAGACUGACCACGAGCGAACGCCCACUGACAUGGCUGGAGUUGGCUCGCCCGAACCUGUUGGCAAAAAACGCCGCUGCCGUCGCCUAGCGGCGCCGCCUUGGGACUGACUGCCUAUGACAUAUACAGAUGAUGCCCCUGCUCAGGCUGCUCUGCCCGCAAACGUCCCAUUCAUACACGCCUUGUUGUCUCUGCCCUACUGCAACUCCACCCACUGUUCGUUUUCGUUUCUCACGGCGUUGACUGCGACCUAUGUCGGAUUCUGAUCGCGCCGCUUCUUAAGCACUUUGCCGUUCGUUCACUUUUCGAGGGCUUGCGCUCCGAGCCAUGGUGCACAAGCAGGGCAUCUGGGCGAAAACAAAGACCGGCAGCAAGGCUGGCUUCGAUAAACUGUACGGAUGGGUGGACAAACUCGGGCCCCCGAUAAACAGGCUCUCAAACAAAGUGGGCGCUGAAGCUUUUUGGCCGACAACUCUAGACAAGGAAAGCGACAAGGCCGCCAGGAUUCUGAGGAGCUUCUGCAAGGAUGGCUUCUACGUCGAAGAGGAGACCCCAAACACAGAUGGCCCGAAAUCGAAGCAGAAGGUGGUCAAGAAGAUCCCGCCAGAGGUGAUCAAGAAUGCCAAGGGACUCGCUGUUUUCACGGUUAUGCGAACGGGGCUGUGGGUUUCCGGCGCCGGAGGCAGUGGAAUACUCAUUGGCCGCAAAGAGGACGGGACGUGGUCUCCACCGUCGGGCAUCAUGCUCCAUACCGCAGGGUUAGGCUUCUUAGCAGGAGUGGACAUAUACGAUUGCGUGGUCGUCAUCAACACCCAGAAAGCCCUCGAAGCCUUCUCCAAGAUACGAUGCACGUUGGGGGGCGAGAUCAGCGCUGUUGCAGGUCCUGUUGGCGUAGGAGGCAUGCUAGAGACUGAGCUUCACAAGCGUCAAGCACCAAUCUUCACCUACCUGAAGUCGCGGGGCCUUUACGCAGGAGUACAGGUCGAUGGAACGAUCAUCAUUGAACGGACAGACGAGAACGAGAGAUUCUAUGGCGAGCGCAUUGGUGUCAAGGAAAUUUUGGCUGGCAAAGUCCGACAUGCCCCGUACGAGACACGGAGGCUUUUAGAGACCCUCAGAGCCGCCCAGGGGGAUACCGACUUUGACCAGUCCCUGCUACCUGACGAGGCACCCCCCGCAGACUUUGAAGUUGAGAGCGAGAAAAAGGUAUUUGGAGUACCAAACAGUGAGGAUCCAGAUCCUUUCGGAGUGUUGGCUCUGGAACAAGCGGGGCUCGAGAUCAGAGAAGCCGGCACUCGGAGAAGGCCGACAAGCGAGCAGUUCGAAUUCAAACCUAGUCCAACUAGUCCUAUAUACACGACAUUCCGGCAUAGCAUGGAUCGCUCGACCAUGGAGGCAAGAAGCAGAAGAUCAAGCUGGCGGACAAGCGCUAUGAGCAGUAUCGCGGAGAGCCGUCAAAGUAUAAUGGUAGAUUCAGAGACUCAAACGGACCUUGAAACUCCUUCGUCGCCACAAGAGAACUCAAACCUGCCACCCACACCUGGACCGCCGUCGAGUAGUGGGAUGAGAGACAUACCAGAAGAAAAGAGCAUAGACGAUGCGAGGAGAGCAAGCGCUUCCCAGACAGAUGAUAUCAAGGACGAGCCCCAUCCAAAGAUCUCAGUUGAAACAGCAGCAGAGGAAGAGGAAGAACGGGCACUCACGUCAGAAAAGGGAUAUGAAGAUGAUAACAACAAAGCAACAAGCGUCGACGAUAUGAAAGACAUAUCGACUUUCAAUUCAAACUCAUCAUCGGGGUUCGUUGAUGAACACCUCGACGACGAUGCGGACGACGAUGUGGAACUGGUAGAGCCGGUUACAUAUCUGCAAGCUUCCGCUCCGCAAAUGGUCACCCGCGCACGCAUCGUCACUGUUCCGAAACCUGUCCCUCCGAAGCUACCGCCCCGAAGCCCGCUUCGCAAGCGACAUUCUGAUAACUCGAACUUCUCCAGCGAGGGCAACACACCUGGCGAAUCACGCGAUAUGGCCUGCGGCCCUUCUCCUGACCAUCCAGGGUCGCCGCCAACGCCCUCGCUUCGAAAUGAUGCGUCAUCCGGUUAUUCGUCUCAUGAGAGCGUAUCCUCGAUGGAAGCAUUGGGACCGACCGAUCAUCAGCCAGUGGCGAAAGGCAAACUGAACGCCUUACAAAAACAAGAGGACAACGCAUUCAUUUCUGCGCCUUCGUCCCCGCCUAGGCAAGUACCAGGCAGCUUCCAUUGAGGGAAGUGCUUUUAAUGAUCCGACGUUUUGUGGGAGGGAUCAGUGAGUUCCACUGAACAUUAUUUUGUGUCACGAGGAUAUCUGUAUUUGGGUAAGAUUACUUCUGGCCCUCAAGCUCCCUUGGGUAUGGCGUAUGGCAUUUAAUGACUUAUUAUGGUAUCAUGUAUAUGCUUAUGAAAGGCGCAUUUGGAGGAUUUUGGUCUAGUGAACCUCGUGCUGGUAUGUGGCCAUGGUAUGUAUGAGGUGUGGUAUCCCACAGGUGCGAAUCACGAAUAGUCAACAGUAUUGUUUAUUACAUAUAUAUAUAUAUAUACUUUUUUUUUGCUUUCA